AUGCAUGACGUCAGAGCCCUGGCUCUGCGCUUCACAGCACCCUGUGUGUUUGAACUGAUGUCCUUGGUGAUCUCUGGGAUGAAAUCCAUAAUGGACAGAAAUGAGGACUUUACAUUUCUUAAAAGCAUGAUCAUGGAAAGGAGAUUCCAUCUACUGGUCAAGAUCCAUGCGAGGUUGAGGCGGUUUGGAUCAAGGAAUCCUGUCCCGGUCCGCGAUAACGCAAAGAGUCUGGCCUGUAACUUGGCUGAGGAGCUGUGGACUCAAGUGGCUAGUGCUGAAUGUUCAGAGUUGAUCAGCCUGCUCUCCAACCCGCACAUCAAGGGCCUUCUCUCUGUUCACGACAUAGUAGCACAGAAAGGUUAUGACCCCGAGCUGCCACCCCUACCUGAUAACAUCGAAGAAGAGGAUGAGGACUCUGUGAAGAUUAUAAGCCUGUUCAAAAGCCAGGAGCCACUGGUGAGUGGAUCAUGGUCUCAAUUAUUUGUACGGUCGCUCUUUGACUACAAUCCCGAGGAGGACCCUGCCAUCCCCUGCAGACAGGCAGGGCUGGGCUUCAAGAGGGGGGACAUCCUUCAGAUCGUUAACCAGGAGGACGACACCUGGUGGCAAGCCUGUCGUCAUGGUGACAGCAACUCCCGAGCAGGACUCAUCCCCUCCAGGCAACUUCAGGAGAGGAGAGUCGCUCUCCAGCGGCCCAAAGCCUUAUUUAAACCUCAGAGAGUCCCAAACAAAGUGACAGAAAAGGAGGAAGCUCUCUCUACAGUGGUGGAGGAUGCAGACUAUGGAGCUAUUACUGGAAUCCACAUCGCUGGUCUGAGAAGGAGUUUCCGGCUGGGCAGGAGGGGCAGUAGGAGUGGGAAUGUUGAGUCUAAAAGGAAGAGCCAGGAGAUGGGAGGAGCCACACAGACACCCACCUACCUGGAGGUGGCACCGUACUGCAGGGACCAUAAAGAGGGACGUCGGCUGGUCCUGCUGGUUGGUCCCAGUGGAGUUGGGCUGAGUGAGAUGAAGAGGAGACUCCUGCUCUCUGACCCUGACCACUAUGGUGUCACUGUUCCACACACCACCAGAGAGAAGAGGAAGCAGGAGAAAGAUGGGGUAGAGUACCACUUUGUCUCAAGGCAGACGUUUGAAAUGGACAUCGUCAACCACAAGUUUUUAGAGUAUGGGGAGCACAGAGGGAACUACUACGGGACCAGUCUGGAGUCAGUGCACAAGGUCAUAGGGGAGGACAAGGUGUGCCUACUGGAUGUGCAGCCUAAUACUGUACAGCGCUUACACACAACUGAGUUCAAACCAUGUGUUGUUUUUGUGAAGCCACCAUUGAUUCAGGAGCUACGUUUUAGCCGGAGGAAAGCUACAUUAAUUUCCACCCAAGAUAUGACGAAACUGACAAAGACAUUUUCGGAAGAGGACUUUGAAGAUAUGAUUAGCUCAGCAGAAGCCAUGGAUAGCCAGUACGGCCACCUGUUUGAGAUGGUCGUCGUCAAUGGCGAUUUCGCCAUGGCAUUCAACAAACUGAGGGCGGAGCUGGAAAAGCUUGAGACGGAGGCGCCUCAGUGGAUUCCUGUGGAGUGGACCAGUCACACCAAACAGAACACAGAGAGCGUGUGCUGAACACACUAGGAGGCUGGUUAUGCAUGUCUCAUUCACACUCACAGGAGGCUGCUGAGGGGAGGAUGGCUCAUAAUGUCUGGAAUGGAAUUAAUGGAAUGAUAUCAAAUACAUGGAAACCAUGUGUUUGAUGUGUUCGAUACCAUUCCAUUUAUUCCGUUCCAGCCAUUACUAUGAGCCGGUCCUCCGCAAUUAAGGUGCCACCGGCCACCCGUGUUCACACUAUAGUGUCAACCCGUACUGUGUGGGGUCAGAUAUUUUGUUUUCACAUUUUCCUUUACAGCACAGUUCCAGCCACUUUGAUGGAUGCAUAACCAGGCCAACCUAGUAUAGCUAGGCUUGGCCCUAUAGUGUGAUUCAGGCAACAGCGACUGAAGAAAUGUAGGGAGAGAGAAUUGCACAUCCAUUUUUUCCUCCAUAAGUUAAACUUACUUCAUCUUUUGACGCACAUAAAAAAAACUGAUAGAUUACACAUGGCCGUCAACUGUUUUUAGUCAAAAUUGAGAGUGGUUACAUUUCUCAAGUCCCAUCCCUUACCUGUGGUGUGACCACUUCGUUGUUGUUUGAAUCCUAGAUUUCCUCUUUUAAACUGGAAAAGGACUCUUCUGCCAAAACAGAGGAAAUGUCAAGGAACAUGGUCACACCCCUAAAGGAAUACAGAAGUGUAAGGGGAACCACUCAAGGCAGAGAAAAUAAUGUACAAACUUUGACUAAAUCUAAAAUACUAUAAUCAUUAUUUAUAUGUGUAAUAUGUAGACAGAGUCUAGACAGCCUUCAUGAGAAAUAACUAGUCCCAACUUCAAGUUAGUCACAGAGCACGGCUCUUAAAGAACUAUAGGAAUCCAAGUCCCUACGCCUCCUGUCUGACCAUAGUACUUACAUGUCCAAAACAGUGUUAUUGGUUCCUGCCGCCUACGUGCCAGCUUUUCUUUUCUUCGAGUUCGCAUUUCUACAUUGGCAAUUAGGGUCGAAACAUAAAAAACCUCCAAAAGCUUGUGGUCACACAGACCUUCCCCCUGCCAAGUUACAAACACGAGCAUGUAAUUACUUUGACAGCUGCAAUACCUCAAUUAACGGUAAUGUAUCCCAGAGCAAAUAUUACCCAGCCCAAACACUCACCAACACUAACAACAUGCUGCAUAUAGAACAAGGAAACAGUGCACACAAGCAUAGUCAACACUUAACAAAAUAUAUGAAAAAAGUGUUAGUGAAACUAAACGAAUUGAAGAUAUUUUGACAGGGAAAGGUUAACAAGGGAACAUGGACAAGAUGAAGCAGAUUCAUUGCUUUUGAUGCUGAAAUGGUAAUAAAAAAAUGAAUUGCACAGACAUUGUGGGAGGAGUGGUUGACUGUGAAAGGAUUACGUUGUAAGAUAACUCAUUCGAAUUUGUUUCUAUUCAUGUGUAAAGUUAAGUAUGAUUUCAAAGUCGUAAAGUGUGCACUUGUCAACAUUUCAUAAUUACAGACAAUGUCAGAAAAUUGUCAUAAGUGACAUCAUUGACAAACAUUUCCAUUCAACAAUUCCAUAUUUCACGGUUAAUGAGGAGAAUGACAUACAGCACACAACACGCCCAGUAAAUCUUUAAGUGAUUCCAUUUAAUGAAUGCAUUCCUGUGAGUACAGGGGGAUUUCCUUCCUCUUUUGGAUCAUGCUGUCAAUUGGGUGUGAAAGAGUGUAAAUGUGUCCAUCAUGUCUUAAAGACGAAACCACCAUCAUGUGAAGUCAGUUUUGUGAUUUAGGCUCUCGAGCCACCUAACAUGCUGACCACACCACUCGAGCGCACUUGCAUCUGCGUGCGCCAUCGCGAGCAUUUUGAUUUUGUCCACCCUCACCAGACGCGAUCAGGACACGCUGGUUGAAAUGUCAAAGUAAUAUUAGUUGGGGGACAGGUCGAAAAGCAUUAAACAUUUAUGGCAAUUUAGCUAGCUAGCUUGCUGUUG